AUGGCCACACCUAAAGAAUUGCUCUUGGAAACUUUGGAGGAUUUAAGAGCAGAGGACUUUAAAAAGUUCAAGUGGUACCUGCAGGAGAAGAUGCUUGAAGGCUUCAGAACAAUCCGAAGGUGUCGACUAGAGAAUGCUGACAGAAUGGACACAGUGGAUCAGAUGUUCCAGAACUACUGUAUAUACACUAUUAAAGUGGCCAGAAUGGUUUUGGAGAAGACAAAUCACAAUGAUCUUGUGGAGAAUUUAUCAAGCCCUGCUUUUGAACCUACAGAGAUCCUUGCCCAGUGUCAGCAUAAAGUCAAAUCCAAGCUGAAGAAGAAAUUCCAGUAUUUGUUUGAGAAAAUCACAAAGGCCCGAAACACAAAACUUCUAGAAGAGUUCUACACUGAGAUCUACAUCAUCAUGGAAGAAACUGGAGACAUCAACAAGGCACAUGAGAUCAGACAGCUUGAAACGGCAUCUAAGAAACCAGACAGACCAGAAACAACAAUCAGACAUGAAGACAUCUUUAGAGCCUCACCGGGAAGAGAUGAACCAAUCAGAACAGUGAUGACAAAAGGAUUGGCUGGCAUUGGGAAAACAGUUUUAACACAGAAGUUAACUCUGGACUGGGCUGAAGACAAAGCCAACCAGGACAUACACUUCACAUUUCCAUUCACUUUCAGAGAGCUGAAUGUGCUGAAAGAGAAAAAGUACAGCUUGGUGGAACUUGUUCAUCACUUCUUUACAGAAACCAAAGAAGCAGGAAUCUGCAGGUUUGAAGAGUUCCAGGUUGUGUUCAUCUUUGACGGUCUGGAUGAGUGUCGACUUCCUCUGGACUUCCACAACACUGAGAUCCUGACUGAUGUUACAGAGUCCACCUCAGUGGAUGUGCUGCUGACAAACCUCAUCAGGGGGACACUGCUUCCCUCUGCUCGCCUCUGGAUAACCACACGACCUGCAGCAGCCAAUCAGAUCCCUCCUGAGUGUGUUGGCAUGGUGACAGAGAUCAGAGGGUUCACUGACCCACAGAAGGAGGAGUACUUCAGGAAGAGAUUCAUAGAUGAGGAGCAGGCCAGAACCAUCAUCUCCCACAUCAAGACAUCACGAAGCCUCCACAUCAUGUGCCACAUCCCAGUCUUCUGCUGGAUCACUGCUACAGUUCUGGAGGAUGUGUUGAAAAGCAGAAAGAGAGGAGAGCUGCCCAAGACCCUGACUGAGAUGUACAUCCACUUCCUGGUGGUUCAGGCCAAACUCAAGAAUGUCAAGUAUCAUGGAAGAGCUGAGACAGAUCCACACUGGAACCGAGAAAACAGGAAGAUGAUUGAGUCUCUGGGAAAACUGGCUUUUGAGCAGCUGCAGAAAGGCAACCUGAUCUUCUAUGAAUCAGACCUGACAGAGUGUGGCAUCGAUAUCAAAGCAGCCUCAGUCUGCUCAGGAGUGUUCACACAGUUCUUUAAAGAGGAGAGAGGGCUGUACCAGGACAAGGUGUUCUGCUUCGUCCAUCUGAGUGUUCAGGAGUUUCUGGCUGCUCUUCAUGUCCAUCUGACAUUCAUCAAGUCUGGAGUCAAUCUGCUGGCAGGAGAACAAACAAUAUCCCAGAAGUCUGAAACUAAUCAAGAAUCUGCAGAGACACAUCUGUACCAGAGUGCUGUGGACGAGGCCUUAAAGAGUCCAAAUGGACACCUGGACUUGUUCCUCCGCUUCCUCCUGGGUCUUUCACUGCAGACCAAUCAGACUCUCCUACGAGGUCUGCUGACACAGACAGGAAGAAGCUCACAGACCAAUCAGAAAACAGUCGAGUACAUCAAGAAGAAGAUCAGUGAGAAUCUGUCUGCAGAGAGAAGCAUCAAUCUGUUCCACUGUCUGAAUGAACUGAAUGAUAAUUCUCUAUUGGAGUAUAUUCAACGUUACCUGAGAUCAGGAAGUCUCUCUGUAGAUACACUGUCUCUUGCUCAGUGGUCAGCUCUGUGCUUCGUCUUACUGUCAUCAGAAAAGAAUCUGGACGUGUUUGACCUGAAGAAAUACUCUGCUUCAGAGGUGGCUCUUCUGAGGCUGCUGCCAGUGGUUAAAAACUCCAAGAAAUCUCUACUGAGUGGCUGUAACCUCUCAGAGGAAAGCUGUGAGGCUCUGUCUUCAGUUCUCAGCUCCCAGUCCUCUAAUCUGAGAGAUCUGGACCUGAGUAACAAUGAUCUGAAGGAUUCAGGAGUGAAGCAGCUGUCUGUUGGACUGAAGAGUCCAGACUGCAGACUGGAAACUCUCAGGCUGAAUAUAUGUAACAUCUCAGAGGAAAGCUGUGAAGCUAUGUCCUCAGUUCUCAGCUCCCAGUCCUCUAGUCUGAGAAAUCUGGACCUGAGUAACAACAACCUGCAGGAUUCAGGAGUGAAGCAGCUGUUUGUCGGAUUGAGGAAUCCAGACUGCAGACUGGAAACUCUCAGUCUGUCAGGAUGUCUGAUCAAAGAGGAAGGCUGUGCUUCUUUGGCUUCAGCUCUGAACUCCAACCCCUCCCAUCUGAGAGAGCUGGACCUGAGCUACAAUCAUCCUGGAGACUCAGGAGAGAAGCUGUCUGCUGGACUGAAAGAUCCGAACUGGAGACUGGACACUCUCAGCCUGCAGCCUGCUGGAGUCCAGUGGUUGGCACCAGGUCUGAGGAAGUAUUUCCGUGAACUCACACUGGAUCCAAACUCAGUGAACAGAAAACUCAAACUGUCUUACAACAACAAGAGGGUGACCACUGUGGAGGAUGAUCGACCAUAUCCUGAUCAUCCAGACAGAUUUCAUUACUGGCCUCAGCUGCUGUGUAGAGAUGGUCUGACUGGUCGCUGUUACUGGGAGGUCGAGUGGACAGGAGAGGUUCAUGUAUCAGUGACUUACAGAGGAAACAACAGGAGAGGAUGCAGUUAUGAGUUUAUGUUUGGACGGAAUGAUCAGUCCUGGAGUCUGAUGUGCUGUGCUGGUGGUUAUUUUGCCUGCCACAAUAACAUAGAAACACAUAUCCCUUCCUCCUCCUCCUCCUCCUCCUCCUCCUCCUCUGUCUCUAACAGAGUAGCAGUGUAUGUGGACUGUCCUGCUGGCUUUCUGUCCUUCUACAGAGUCUCCUCUGACACACUGAUCCACCUCCACACCUUCAACACCACAUUCACUGAACCUCUGUAUGUUGGGUUCUGGCUCUGGUCUGGUUCCUCAGUGUUUCUGUGCCCUCUGGUGGAGCAACAGAUGGUGCAGCCUGCUGAAGACCAAUGUUCUGCAUCAAGUUUCAGGGCUUUUUUCCGUGAACUCACACUGGAUCCAAACACAGUGAACAGAAAACUCAAACUGUCUUACAACAACAAGAGGGUGACCACUGUGGAGGAGGAUCGACCAUAUCCUGAUCAUCCAGACAGAUUUCAUUACUGGCCUCAGCUGCUGUGUAGAGAUGGUCUGACUGGUCGCUGUUACUGGGAGGUCGAGUGGACAGGAGAGGUUCAUGUAUCAGUGACUUACAGAGAAAUCAACAGGAGAGGAUGCAGUUAUGAGUUUUUGUUUGGAAGGAAUGAUCAGUCCUGGAGUCUGAAGUGCUGUGCUGCUGGUUAUUUUGCCUGCCACAAUAACAUAGAAACACACAUCCCCUGCUCCUCCUCUGUUUCUAACAGAGUAGCAGUGUAUGUGGACUGUCCUGCUGGCACUUUGUCCUUCUACAGAGUCUCCUCUGACACACUGAUCCACCUCCACACCUUCAACACCACAUUCACUGAACCUCUGUAUGCUGGGUUCUGGCUCUGGUCUGGUUCCUCAGUGUUUCUGUGCCCUCUGGUGGAGCAUUAG